CAAAUUUCUUUUCCUUGCUCGAAAUUGAGAGGGAAAAAAGGCCUGAUCUUUGUCAAUGGUUGCGAGCGAUCUGAAUAACGAGAACAAGAAACGGCGUGUGGAGUCGACCAACGGUAAACUCACCGUUGCACGAUCGCACAUUUACCAACCUUUCCGUGCCAUUGGCUAUGUGACCAACGAUGUGCCCUUUGUUGUUGAAACUCGUGGUCAAGAUCACUUUUUGACCACCUGCGUCGGUUACAAUUUCCAAAUCUACAAUCUGGAGAAAAUGAACCUUUUAUUUGUCGGCAGUCGAACUGAUCGGGCUAUUACUGCCAUGACCGUCGGCAACAAUGUCACUUACACUGCUUGCGGCAACACCAUUAUCGGCUCCAAGCGUGGAAAAGAGAUCUCUCGAGUGGGUGGCGAAGGCAGCUUUACGAUAUUUCAAUUGUUGGUGCUGGGAUCUUAUAUUGCCGGAUUGUGUGAUGACAAUUCACUGAGAAUGUGGGAUGUGUCAUCAGGUGAAAUGUAUACGGAAAUCGAGUUUGAUGCCGGCUUCACCGCUUCCGCCAUGAUUCACCCCAGUACUUACCUCAACAAAAUUUUAAUCUCGAGCACGCAAGGCACGAUGCAGAUUUGGAAUAUCCGAACAAAUAAGAUGAUUUAUCAGUUCAAAUCAUUCGGAUCGCCAAUUACCUGUUUGACGCAAUCGCCGGUGGUGGAUGUGGUGGCUGUCGGUACUUUGGAAGGAAGCGUUAUUUUAUAUAAUAUCAAGAUGGACGAAAAGAUCGAUAGUGUUCGACAAAACGAUCGAGUAACAGCAAUCUCCUUCCGAACAGACGAGGAACAAGUGAUGGCAACUGCGAGUAUGCAUGGAGAUGUAGCACUGUGGGACCUCCAAAAUCGUCGUUUGCUUCAUAUUAUGAGAGGAGCUCAUGAUGGCUUGAUCUCUUCCAUCGCUUUCUUGAGUGGACAACCCGUCUUGGUCACUGCAGGCGCCGAUAACGCUGUCAAGCAAUGGAAAUUUGAAAAGGACAAUGCCGUUCCUCAUGCGUUCAAGCAACGCAGUGGACAUCAUGCACCUCCAACGAAAAUUCGAUACUACGACGAAAAUGGCCGAUUCAUUCUUAGUGCAGGCCGUGAUCAGACUUUGCGGGCAUUUUCCGUUUAUCGUGAUGCGCAGAGUUUUGAAUUAUCUCAAGGUCAUCUUGCCAAAAAGGCCAAGUCAAAGGAUCUUCGCAUGGAUGAAUUGAGACUCCCAUUGAUCACCGAUUUUGAUGCCGGUCGAAGCAAGGAAAAAGAGUGGGAUAACGUACUGACUGCACACUUGAAUGACAAUGGUGGUCGUACAUGGACUAUGAAGAAUAAAUCGAUUGGUAAACAUACGUUACUGAGCACCGACAAGAGUGCGGUCAAAGUCACGGCUAUCAGCGCUUGCGGCAAUUAUGGCUUCUUGGGCUGCGCGUCUGGUCAGAUCGACAUGUACAAUAUGCAAUCCGGUCUUCACCGCAAAACGUUUGGUGGACCCGAUGGUCAUAAAAAAGCAAUCUCUGGAUUGGCAAGCGAUUAUACCAAUCGUUAUCUCGUCAGCGCAUCCAUCGAUCGAACUAUCAAGAUCUGGGACUUUAAGUCAGCCAAAGUGCUGCAUACCAUCGAAAUGGAAUCACCUAUUGCAUCGAUUCAAUAUCACCGUGAUAACGAUCUGGUGGCAGUGGUUUGCGAUGAUUUGGGCAUCCGCGUGGUUGAUAUCGAGACUCAAAAAAUAGUCAGAGAGUUCUGGGGCCAUAGAAAUAGAAUUACGGACAUGACAUUUACCCCCGAUGGACGAUGGAUUGUAUCUGCUUCCUUGGAUUCCACGGUUCGUACAUGGGAUCUAUCUUCAAGCAUGAUGGUGGAUAUCUUCAAGGUGGAAGAUAUUGUGACCAGUUUAUCUUUCUCCCCCAAGGGCGAUUUCUUAGCCACAUCGCAUAUGGAUAAUGUCGGUAUCUUUUUGUGGGCCAACCGUACCCAGUUCGCGAAUAUCGCUUUACGUAGCAUUGUGGAUGAUGAAGAGGUUGAGUUACUCGCAUUGCCAUCUUUGGGUGGAUUGGAUGAGGUCCAAGUGGAUGACGAAGAAGAAGAAGAGGCGAUCGUUGUAUCCGACAAUCUGGCCACCGCUGAACAGCUUGCUGAUGAAAUGAUUACAUUGUCGUUGGAACCUCGAGCUAAAUGGCAGAACCUUUUGAAUUUGGAUACAAUCAAACAACGCAACAAGCCGACGGAAGCGCCCAAGGUGCCUGAAAAGGCUCCGUUUUUCUUACCGACAUUACCGGGUGCUGCACCGCGAUUCGCCAUACAAGAAGAAAAACAGGAAACCGCCACAGAGUCGCAUCGUGUACAAUUUAGCGAGCUCAAUACCGAGACUGAAUUCACCCGUUUUCUGCGGCAGGGACAUGAACAAAGUGAUUAUUCCGAGUUUAUAACCUAUGUAAAGACGCUGAAUCCUUCGGCUAUUGAUCUCGAAAUGCGCACCAUGCCAAUCGAUGGCGACUUGACGCAACUGAACUAUUUCAUGGAAGCUAUUGCGUAUAUGCUUCGUACACGAAAGAAUUUUGAGCUGGCUCAAGCAUGGUUGAAUGUGUUUCUGAUGAUUCACGGUGACUUGAUUGUGGCUAAUCCUUCGAAUCCUAUCCACGACAAGCUGAAUGAUAUCCUACAGGUGCAGAAGGAAGAGUUUGGACGAUUGUCGGAACAUAUUCACUACGGUUUAUGUCUCAUUGAUUUUGCACGCAAAGCGUAAAACGGUAUUCCAUUUUUCCCCCCCUUUUCCUUGUAUUUUUAAUUACAGUUUCCAAUUCUUUUUUUAUUUUUUGUACUCAAAACAUUUGCAUCACUUUUUUUUCCACAUACAAAUAUUCUCAGGGAAAUAUAAUACAAAGAAAAACAUUCAUGAUCAUCUCGGAAA